AUGACGACGGCGGAACAAGCUUUCCAGGCGAACGCAGCGGCCGUUGUGCGCGACUACUACGUCGAGCCUCGUAUCGAUUAUCGCACGAUCUCGGGGGUGAACGGUCCAUUGGUCAUUCUGGAAAACGUCAAGCUGCCCAAGUUUGCGGAGAUUGUCAACCUCACGUUGGCCAAUGGGGAGAAGCGGCAGGGGAAAGUGCUCGAGGUGCAAGACACGAAAGCUGUCGUGCAGGUCUUUGAAGGAACAGACGGCAUUGAUAACCGCCACACGCACUGCGAGUUCACGGGUGAUGUGCUGAAGAUGGCCAUCUCCGAAGAGAUGCUGGGUCGCGCGUUCAAUGGGUCGGGGAAAGCUAUUGAUGGCGCUCCCGCGGUUGUGGCCGAGGACUAUUUGGACAUUGAAGGACAGCCCAUUAAUCCGUCGUGUCGUGACUAUCCGAAAGAGAUGAUCCAGACGGGCAUCUCGGCUAUCGACGUCAUGAACUCCAUUGCCCGCGGGCAGAAGAUUCCGCUCUUCUCUGCUGCUGGCUUGCCCCACAAUGAGAUCGCCGCACAAAUUGUACGUCAGGCUGGUCUGGUGCAGCGCAAAGACGUAAUUGACACGCACGAAGACAACUUUGCCAUUGUGUUUGGCGCCAUGGGCGUUAACAUGGAGACAGCCCGAUUCUUUCGUAAUGAUUUCGAGGAGAGCGGAUCGAUGCAGAAGACGGCGCUGUUCAUGAAUUUAGCCAACGACCCUACAAUCGAACGCAUUGUAACGCCGCGUCUGGCGUUGACCACUGCUGAGUAUCUCGCUUACGAACGUGACCUUCACGUGUUGGUCAUCCUGACCGAUAUGAGUUCGUAUGCCGAUGCUCUCCGUGAAGUGUCUGCUGCCCGUGAAGAAGUGCCAGGACGUCGUGGGUACCCUGGCUACAUGUACACGGAUCUAUCGACACUGUACGAGCGUGCUGGUCGCGUGACAGGCCGCAAUGGCUCCAUUACACAGCUGCCGAUUUUGACCAUGCCGAACGAUGACAUCACCCACCCCAUUCCGGAUCUGACGGGUUACAUUACUGAGGGACAGAUUUAUGUCGAUCGCCAGCUGCACAAUCGUCAAAUCUUCCCACCGAUCAACGUGCUGCCGUCGCUGUCGCGUUUGAUGAAGAGUGCUAUUGGUGACGGUAUGACGCGGGACGACCACAGUGCUGUAUCGAAUCAGCUGUAUGCCAGUUAUGCCACUGGUAAGGAUGUUCAGGCGAUGAAAGCCGUGGUCGGUGAGGAAGCUCUGUCGCUGGAAGACCACCUCUACUUGAAGUUUACGGACAAAUUCGAAGGUAAGUUCAUUGCACAGGGCCCGUACCAGUCACGUGACAUCUUUGAGUCUCUGGACCUCGCGUGGUCGCUCUUCCGCGCGUUCCCGAAAGAGCUGCUGAAAAAGAUCCCGGAAAAGCAUCUGAACACGUACUAUGCGCGUCGGACGCAAGCGCGUGAGGAGAAAGAAGAGUGA